AUGCCCGUGCAAGAUCCCCCUGCUCCCGCCUUCGAUGGGUUUGCUAGUAGUGAUAAGAUGAUCGUGCUGGGGAUCCUGAAGCUCGAACACAGGAGGAAACAGCGUUCCCUUUCCGGGCUUUCUGGGUCCUCUGAGGUAGAAGAAGCUGUUGAGUGCCAGGGAGGAAAUGAUGAAACCAGGACACUAACCUCCAGGCUCUCAGAAGGACAUGUGGCUUCCUUCCGCCCAGCAACUAGAUGGUCUGUUGAACAUCCCCAAACCCUCUUCGCCUGGGAGGGAGCCUGCAUCCAGAUUCCUUGCGAGUACAAAGUACCACAGCCUAGUUCGCGUUUGGACAGCAUCCUCCUUUUUCAGAACUAUACGUUUGACAGCACCAUCAGGGAUUUCACAGGAAAGGUCCUCUAUAACAACACGAAGGGGAGCAUAGAGACUGAGCUGUACUUUUCUCAGCAAGACAGAGUAACAUUUCUGGGAAACAGAUCGAAAAAUUGUACCCUGAAAAUCGACCCGAUACAUGCCAAUGACAGUGGGAAGCUGGGCUUGAGGUUGAUCUCAGGGACUGACAAAUGGAUGGAGCACAUUCACCUCAACGUCUCUGAGAGACCGUUCCAACCUUACAUCCAGCUGCCAUCGGAAAUCCGGGAAUCCCAAAGGGUUUCUCUGACCUGUGGACUGAAUUUCACCUGCUUUGGGUAUGACCUCAGCCUGCGGUGGUCUCUGAACGGGUCCGAGGUCAGCCCUGUCACCUCUUCCAUCACCUCCUCUGUUGAGAACGUCUAUACAGAGAGCAAGUUCACCUUCCAGCCAAAGUGGACAGACCACGGAAAGAGCAUGAUGUGCCAAGUCCGGCACUUCUCCCAAGUGCUCUCUGAGAGGACAGUGCGUCUGGAUGUUAAGUACACCCCAAAACUGCAGAUCACGGUCAAUCCCACAGAGGUCGAGGAGGGCAGCUCUGUGACCAUGACGUGUCAGGUUAGCAGCAGCAACCCGAGUCUCAGUACCAAGAAGGUAUCCUGGUUCAAGGAUGGGAGCUUCCUGAAGGAACAAGAGGAACAGGAGGAGCUAACUCUGCAUUCAGUGACCAAGGACAUGAGAGGGAAAUACCAGUGCGGGGCUUCCAACAACAUAGGCCAAGGAAAGUCCAAAGAAGUGGCACUCACGGUGCUCUAUCCUCCGGAACCCUCCAAGGUUCACAUCUAUCCCUCACCGGCUGAAGAGGGACAGUCAGUAGAGCUGAUCUGCGACUCACUGGCCAGUCCGAGUGCAACAAACUACACCUGGUAUCACAACGGGGAAAUGGUACCCGGAGCCAGCCAUGAGAAGCUCCAGAUCUCUAAUGUCUCCCUGUGGCAUGCUGGGAAAUACUCUUGCUUGGCAGAGAACCGUCUGGGUCGUGGAAAGAGAAAACAGGAAGCUGAGCUGGAUGUCCACUAUGUUCCCAAGGCGGUAACCACAGUGAUUCAAAGCGUCACACCAAUUCGGGAAGGAGACAGCGUGACCCUAGACUGUAGAUACAACUCCAGCAAUCCAGAGGUCACCAAGUAUGAAUGGAGUCCUCAAGGUUCUGGGAGCGAGGUCACACCUGGAGUGCUAAGGAUUCAGAAAGCGAAAUGGGAUUCCCCGCCCAUCAAAUGUGCUGCCUGUAACUACAAGUGCUCGUGGUCCUUCCCUGUCAGCCUGAAUGUCCACUACGCCCCCAGAGCCGUGAAGAUACUGAAGGUGAGCCCCGCAUCAGAGAUCCACGCUGGGCAGCAUGUCCUCCUCCAAUGUGACUUCUCAGGGAGCCUCCCCACAGAGGUCCGCUUCUUCUGGAAGAAGAAUGGGAAUCUCGUGCAGGAAGGGAGAGACCUGAACUUCAGCUCCAUCUCUCCAGAAGAUUCUGGAGAUUAUAACUGCAUGGUCAGAAACUCCAUCGGAGAGACCUCGUCACAGGCCUGGAGCCUGCAAGUGCUGUAUGCUCCUCGGAGGCUGCGUGUGUCCAUCAGCCCUGGGGACAGCGUGAUGGAGGGGAAGAAGGCCACCUUGUCCUGUGAGAGUGAUGCCCACCCGCCCGUCUUCAAGUAUAUCUGGUUUGACGCCAAUGACCAAGACCUCCACUUCUCGGGCCAGAAACUGAGGCUGGAACCCCUGAGAGUUCAACACACGGGUUCCUACCGCUGCCAAGGGAUCAACGAGCUAGGCACGGGAAAGUCACCACCCAGCACCCUCACAGUUUACUACAGCCCAGAGACCAUCGGCAAGCGGGUCGCCUUGGGACUAGGGUUCUGCCUGGCUAUCUGCAUCCUGGCCAUCUGGGGGAUGAAAAUCCAGAAAAAAUGGAAGCACAACCGGAGCCAGCAGGGGCUUCAGGAAAAUUCCAGUGGCCAGAGCUUUUUUGUGAGGAACAAAAAGGCUAGAAGGACCCGUCUCACAGAAGGCCCCCAGUCCCAGGGAUGCUACAAUCUGGCGAUGGAUGACACCGUUAGUUAUGCUGUCUUGCGCUUUCCAGAGAGAGACACGAACGGCGCUGGAGGUGCAAGGAGCCCAGCAACACAGGGUCCUCCUCCAAACGACGAUGACACAGUCACUUACUCGGUGCUACAGAAGCGGAAUAUGGGUGACUAUGAGAAUGUGAGUCCAAGCUGCCCGGAGGAUGAGAGCAUCCAUUACUCAGAGCUGGUUCAGUUUGGGGCUGGGAAGCGGCCCCCGGCAAAGGAAGACGUAGACUAUGUGACCCUCAAGCACUGAGGCGGGUAGUAGCUGCAGUGGCAGGUUCUGGAGCCUAAAGAAGACUACAACGUCUUCAGCUGCUGCGGCUCAGCUGCUAAGAGACAGGCAGCUCCCCACAUGGUCGUCUAAAAACCUGCGCAUGCCCACACGGUCAUCUAAAAACCUGCGCAUGCCCAC